UAAAAGACUUUGGUUUCACCCUACGUUCACUAGGCCAAAUGAUGUUUUUUACUCGAUAGUGCACACCGGUUUGUAAAUGACUCGACAAGAAGUGCUGUUCACAAUUUCCGAAUAUAUCGUAAUGGUGCUGAAUAACUGCGGUUGUCAAUGAUCUGUGUAGCGAGGCAUGGGUGGCCGAAAAAGAGUUGAUUGGUGAAAGAUCCAGUAUCUUUACCUUAGAAGAAAACUAAGAAAUUGUUUAGCUGCGAAUUGCAGCGUCAUGCGUAUGAUAUGUAAUCGCAAUAAAUUUAUCCGUUAUGAAGCAUUCAAGUCAGUUACCUUGUGAUCGUGAACGGUGUAAUGACCAGCAUGCGAAUUGUGGUUUGUUGGUUUAUUGUGAUUGCCUUUAUUAAUAGUACAACAAGUUCUUAUAAUCGGGACAAACUCGAACCGAAAAAUGUAUCUUUAAACGAAGAAUUGGAUUCGGACUUCAUCAGCACGAACCGCAGUCCGGUAGUUCCAAUUGAAGAGCCUGAUUUAUCCGAUGAUGAAGUUGAGCAAGUUCUAGAGGAUAGUGGAUUUCACAAUACAGCAAAAAACACCGAUGAACCCUACACUCGACUGACGAACAAUGCGGAUAGCAGAAUCCUUCAGUAUCAGAAGUACUAUGAGCUACCGCGGACCGGUGAACUUGACCGUGACACCAAGCUAUCCUUGAAGAGACCCAAAUGCGCUCUAAGUGAACUUACCACACAAGACCACGAGUUCAAAUGGAAUAAACGUCAUCUCACCUAUAACGUCGCAAAAGUUCCGUCGGCAACCACACCGAGUAAUGUGAAAAAGCUCUUGCGAACCGCUUUUCAGCAGUGGAGCAACGUUACUCUUCUAGAUUUUACCGAAUCCAAUAGCCCGAAAGCAGACAUCAGAAUCUUGUUCGAUGAUCAUCGUUCCAAAGUGAGAGAACACCUCCGUGGUUCUGCCACGCAAGAUGCAAUCUUUACGCACGCAUCUUACCCGGAAAAGGGAGUGAUACGUUUCAACUCAAAAUACUACACGAAGAAUCGGGACGAGUUUCUCCAUACUGCGAUGCACGAAAUUGGUCACGCCCUUGGAAUGAGUCAUUCAUCAUCUCGAGCAUCUAUCAUGUAUCCCUUCCUGGAUUCCCAUUUCUCUGAGCUACCCCAAGUUGACGUUGAUGCGGUACAACUGAAAUACGGUAGACGCUAUCAAACCAGAUCGAUUCCAGAGUUUUGCAGCCUUUCAAAGUACGAUGCCGUAGUGUCCACAGCCCGUGGAUUAAUGUUCAUUGCGGGAAGAUACUGCUACCAAAUUUAUACCAAUUACACAAUUGGGCAACCGACACUGCUGAGUGAAAAGUGGCCAGGGAUUCCCGAUUCCGUGGACGCAGCCGUGACGAUAGACUUGGAAACCUUCGUGUUCAAGACUGAUCAAGUGUGGAACUUCAAAUACGAUUCGCUGCAGCAGGGCUACCCCCGGAAGAUUCGCAACACCUUUCCUGGAUUGCCGAACAAUUUGGAUGCCGUGGCGUACGAUCGAAAGUACGUAUAUGCGUUCAAGAACGAUCACUACUGGAGGUACAAUCCGGAUAAGAAAGCUGUCGAUCACACGGAAGAGGUGUCCGCUUUUGAUAUACCCAGUCGGAUUGAUGCGGCAUUGUAUGAGAAAUCGAGAGAUCGACUGUACUUCUACAAAGAUACGGAUUGGUAUUUCUAUAGCUUUAAUACGACAGAAACGGAGAAGCAUGAUACGCCCAAGUAUAACUGUAAAGAGUUCGAAUGAUGUAG